GAAGUCUAGUUACUUUGAAGUUUACGCUUGUGUGUAAGGUUCGCUAGAGUUAUGGAGGAGUCCUGUGUGCACCUCUUGUGCCUGACUGCCAGUAGCGGAGUGCCCCUGUUCUGCAGAAGCAAGGGUAGCAGUAGGCAGCUGACAUUUUCUGUGAUUGGAUCAUUAAAUGGCGUGCAUAUGUUUGCUAAUAACCAGGAUGUUAUCCUGACAUCUACCUGUACAGCAAAUUGCCGGGUGGUGUGGAAAGCGUUUCAUGACAGUAUCAACUUAAUUGUGAUGUCUUCUGAAAACAGUGCCAGUGACCUUUCGUUAAAUAGACUUCUGGAGAAUGUUUUCAAUGCCAUGGUCUUGGUGAUUGGUUUGGAGGACCUAAUCAACAUAAAAAAUGUGGAACGUCUCAAGAAGGAUUUGAGGGCCUCCUACUUUUUGAUUGACAGCUUCAUAAUGGAAACUGAGAAGAUGGGAGACUUAACACAAUGUGUUGAUUGUGUUAUAACUCAUGAUAUGGCCAUUCUUCAGGAAUGCCUUGACAGUUUCACUCAGGCUGCAGAAAGUAACUUUGGGUGUCUCAUGGCAGGAGGAAAAGUAGUGGUCGCCACAGAGAAGUGGUGGAGGCUAGCAACUCAAGAGGUGAUGUUAUUGAACUGGUUGGUGGCUUCUCUUGCACCACAUUCCUCACGAGACUACCCAGUAUAUCUUCCUCAAGGUAGCCCCACGGUUCCCCACAGGCUGCUUACCUUUCAGCUGGUGCCUGGGAUAGAUUUAUGUGUCCUUUGUGGUCCAAAUCCUUCUCUACAGAAGGUUGAAACUGAGCUCGUGGAAAGGUUUUGGAAGCCUGUUCUGGACCCUGUAAAAUUCUGUUUAAGGGUACAACUAAGAUCAUUUCCAGCAUCCAUUCCUCUUCACCAUGGAAUACUGGGUCUGCUGUUGAUUAACAAGGAUCAGAACAAAAGUUUGUGCACAGUGCAAGCACAUCCUUUGGAGGAAAUGCAGAGACCAGAGAUCAAACAAAUUUUGGAACAGAGGCGACUUGUCUUGCGAUCCUUCUAUACUCUAGCCAUCUCGCGUUACUUUUGUUCAGAGCGAACUGAUGGAAGGAACACUAUACAGUAUGAGGAGACAUUCCAAACUGGCUUUAAUCACAGUGCCGAACACUGCUACACUGUAUCCACUUCUCACAAAUGCUAUGGAAUGAAGACUGAGCUUCACUUGCUCUUCCUAUUAUUCAAGCCUGAAGUCCCCACCUUUAGCAUGCGUGCUAUUGCUAAUAAAACCAUGCACGUUUUCAUGAAGGAUAUCCCUUUCUGAAGUCAUUUUCAUAGUGCUGAAUUUUCGUCUGGAAUAUACAGGUUGACUAUAUUGCAGUUCUUAAAACAAAAUGACUGAGUUUCUGCCAUCAACUGUACAAAUUGAAGAAAGAAUGCAGUGUUCUCCACAAAAAAUUUGCAAGCCAGGUGGUAUUAUGUAGUAGCCAGGUGGCAUUAUGAAGAAGCCGGGUGGGAGCAGUGUAAUACUUAUUAAUAUUAUGUCAUUUUUUGCUAUCCAAAGCACAAAUUAAUUACGUAAUUUAACAUAAAUGUAUUUAAUGAUAAUUUGUGCAAUAAAAAUUUAACAUUUUUAA